AUGGCCCAGUCCAUGACUCCGAUGGAAGAUGCGCUGCGGGCCAAGGGAAGUCACCACCUCGGACGCGCACCGGCUACUCCCGAGUCCCCAGCAUUCCGUAUUGGGGACGCACUGAAGCCCGCUGCGCUUGAAAUCCACAACGAUUCCCACCGACACGCACACCACAAAGCCAUGCAGGGCGUCACGAGCAGAGAGACACACUUCCGUCUAGUCAUCACAUCCACAGCCUUCAAGGGCAAGCCCCAGCUGGCACGUCACCGCAUGGUCAACUCCCUCAUGAAGGACGAGCUGGCGCAAGAAGGCGGCAUCCACGCGCUUCAGCUCACCACUCGGACGCCGGAGGAGGACGAGGCACGAAAGCUAAAGGAAGCCACCGCGUAG